AAACACGGAUGUGACGUUCCAGCUCACCAGAUUUGGAUUAAACCAUUGGAUUACAGUAAAUAGUCGGACGGAGCGAAGAACAGGAGGGCUGUCAGAUCGAAUUGAAAACGGUGACUCCCUGAGUUCAGAGAACCGCUCCUGUCAGGAACGGCCUCUCUCUGUCCGCGACGCUGGGCGGCCCAUGCUCCCGCAGUGCACCAUGGGUAGCUCUCCAGAGGUGCUGUCAUGGGCGUCGUGCCCCAGCCUGCUUGUUGGCAAGCUGAAGGAGGAGCUAAAGAACACUGUGGUGGGGGACAACGUUAAGAAAACUUCCUCUCCCAACACCCCAGCCCCUCCCCUUCCUCUACCCCCCCAGAUCAUCACAGAUCUAGCGCCUCCCACACACCUCCUGGUUCCCCUGAUGACGCUCGCCCCACCCCCAUGCCAGGACGAGGAGGCUAUGCUGGGCACCAGCCCACCAAUCACAGCGCUCAGUGAGGACUCUGGGCGGGAGCAGAGACAGUUUGACAACAGCGUGCUCCAAUUUCAGGAGCACGAGGAGGCGGAGUCACCGGCGUCAUGUGGGCAGGAGGGGUGUGGCAGCGGGGGCGAGGGGGAGGGGACAAGGGAGGGGUUGUGUCCCAUACACCAACACCACCCUGGGUCUGGAACCCACAACCACCCUCACCCCCAUGAUGACAUCAAACUGCACUUCCACAGAGCACCGGGAGGAGGGGGGUUCCUGGAGGGUCUGUUCGGCUGUCUCAGACCCGUCUGGAACAUCAUAGGGAAGACCUACAGCACUGAAUACAAGCUGCAGCAACAAGACAUGUGGGAGGUCCCGUUUGAGGAGAUCUCGGAGCUGCAGUGGCUGGGCAGCGGGGCGCAGGGGGCUGUCUUUCUGGGGAAGCUCCAUGGCAAUGAGGUGGCCAUCAAGAAGGUCCGUGAGCAGAAAGAGACAGACAUCAAACACCUGAGGAAGCUCAAACACCCCAACAUCAUCAGCUUCAAGGGUGUGUGCACCCAGGCUCCGUGCUACUGUAUCUUAAUGGAGUAUUGUUCCCAGGGCCAACUCUAUGAGGUUCUGAGGGCCGGACGGAAGGUGACCCCCAGACUGCUGGUGGACUGGGCCUCAGGGAUCGCCUCUGGGAUGAACUACCUGCACCUCCACAAGAUCAUACACAGAGACCUCAAGUCACCCAAUGUGCUGGUGACCCAACAAGACACCGUGAAGAUCAGUGACUUCGGGACGUCCAAGGAGCUCAGUGAUAAGAGUACUCAGAUGUCGUUCGCUGGUACGGUGGCCUGGAUGGCCCCAGAGGUCAUCAGGAACGAACCGGUGUCUGAGAAAGUAGACAUCUGGUCGUUUGGCGUGGUGUUAUGGGAGCUGCUGACUGGAGAGAUCCCCUAUAAAGACGUGGACUCCUCAGCCAUCAUCUGGGGUGUGGGUAGCAACAGCCUCCACCUCCCUGUUCCCUCCACGUGCCCUGAUGGGUUCAAGAUCCUCAUGAAGCAGACAUGGCAAGGGAAGCCCAGGAACCGUCCGUCAUUCCGUCAAAUCCUACUCCAUCUGGACAUCGCCUCAGCUGAUAUCCUGGGAGCUCCUCAGGAGACCUACUUCAAGUCUCAGUCUGAGUGGAGGGAGGAGGUGAGGAAACACUUUGAGAAGAUCAAGUCUGAAGGAACCUGCAUCCACCGACUGGAUGAGGAGCUGAUCAAACGCAGGAGGGAUGAACUCAGACAUGCCCUGGACAUCAGGGAGCACUACGAGAGGAAGUUGGAGAGAGCUAACAACCUCUACAUGGAGCUGAGUGCCAUCAUGUUGCAGCUGGAGGUCCGCGAGAAGGAGCUCAUCAAGAGAGAGUUGGCUGUGGAGAAGAAGUAUCCAGGUAACUACAAGCGUUCCCACCUGGUGCGGCCCAUCGUCAGGCCCAACGCCGUGGAGAAAUUCAUCAGGAAGAAAGGCUGCAUCUCCCACAAGACUGGGAUACCCCCUGCGAAGAGGCCGGACCUGCUACGUUCCGAAGGUAUCCCCAGUGUGGAGGUGCUCCCAUCCCCCUCUCCCCACUCUACCAGCCCCAAGGUUUCCACACCACCUGGCAAGCAGAGGUACCGCAGCAAGCCCCGGCACCGCCGUGCCAACAGCAAGGGUUCCCACGGCGACUUCCCCGGGGUUCUGAAGACCGGGCCGGGGGCGGAGGCUACGGAGGAGCAACAACCCCUCGAAGACCACUACCAGCACCAACCUCCUGCCACCAGGUGUGCUGUCCAAGAGCACUACGAGCACCACCACCACCCCCCACCACAGGGCCCUCUGCUGCCCCUGAAGAACAGAGAGGAGGCGGUGGUCAACUGUGCCAACAACCUGCGUUACUUCGGCCCGGCCGCGGCCCUGCGGAGCCCCCAGACAGACCACCUCCAACGCCGCCUGUCCGGCACCAGCCCUGACCUCAUCUCUACGGCCGUGGUGUCAGACUCACGCCAACGCAGCAUCCCUGUGUCAGGCCCCGGGGGGAGGGGUGGGACACUGUGCCCCUGCUGCCAGGCACACCCCUUUCCAGGCUGCCUGCACUGCCAGGAGACCCCCCUGGCCCCCAGCCACCCAGUGCUGCCACACUACUCCCUGCUGUCCACCUGUGAGGGCUCGUCACCCUCCCUGUUCAGAGUACCUGACCCCACGGCAGAGGGAGAGCAGCAGGAGAAGCAGGAUACAGCUCGGAAGAGCAGCUUACCCUCUGGAGCUGGCCUCCCACGCAACCUCAGGCCCCUUAGGAAGGCUGGUGAUGAGUCGUCAGAGGAGGAGGAGGGGGAGGUGGACAGUGAGGUGGAGUUUCCACGGAGACAGAGACCACACCGAUGUAUAAGGUCGUUCCAGUCCUACUCCACCUUCAGCUCAGAGAACCUGUCUGUAUCUGAGGAAGAGGAGGGUAACACCAGUGACCGCUCCCACAGCGGACCCCUGGAGCUCCUUUCAGCCUCUCAGGAGGACCACCUGGAUGAGCUGCUAUCCCACACACCUGACAUCCCCAUCGACAUCAACACCCAGUCAGACGGCCUGUCUGAUAAGGAGUGUGCUGUCCGCAGGGUCAAGACCCAGAUCUCCCUGGGGAAACUGUGUUCUGAUGAGCACAGCUAUGAGAACCCGCUGCACUUUGACUCCGACUGUGAUUCCUCUGAUGCAGAGUGUUCUGAUGCCACCAUUAAGAACAACCAGCCUGGCGCACACACCUCCUGGUGAUCAUCCUCCCCAUGGAAUAUCCUGGGGGCCACUCCGCCCUCCCGUCCGCUUGGAAAAACUCUGGGCCCCAGGACCCUACAGGGCCAUAGCAACGCCCCUGCAAUAGAUCCUUCCCCUACUUCCUCACUGCAUAGCAACCCCAUUCCCCCCAGACAACCUAAGCAGGGAUCCCUUUUGAAUGAUAUUAGAUAUAUAUACAGUAGAUAGAUGAUUGUGUAACAGUUUGAGGGAAAAAUCAGGAACUCUGUCAAACUUAAGAAGAAAGAACAACAAAACUGUUAAUUGUAAGAUACUGGUGAGGAUGAUGAUGAUGAUGAAGAGGACGCAGUGCAGCUUGGACCAGCCAGAGACUAUAAACUAACCAGUGGGGAACAGUGACUGUGUUACUGUAGGGCUGGGCAGGAUGUUGCUGUACUGUGUGUGUGUGUGUGUGUGUGUGUGUGUGUGUGUGUGUGUGUGUGUGUGUGUGUGUGUGUGUGUGUGUGUGUGUGUGUGUGUGUGUGUGUGUGUGUGUCAGGCCACUGUCAGUACUCCAGAACAGUACAGUGAGUACGUUUACAUGCACACUAAUAAUUCGAUAUUAAACUGAUUAUGCCAGUAGGCAGAUUAUGCAAUAGUGAUGUAAGCACCUUAUUCUGCUUAUCUUAACUGGCGUAAGGUCAAAAUGGAAGGAAGUAUACACCGAUUAAAACACCUGGUUUUCUGA